UUGUGUGACUAAAGUGAGGCGAAAACUUGUGGCAUGCCGCGGUGAUCGUUGACGAUUGUUUACACAGUGAUUUGUUGUUUAUAGUUAUCUCAGCAAGAAGUAGUGAGAAUCAGUCGAUCUAAAAAAAAGAAAAUUGGUUUGUGAUGAUGAAUCUCUGAAUUUGCUGUGUUGAUGAAGAAGCUUCUACUUCUACGAGUGUUGUUUCUCAAACUAGUGAAUUGCACGCAUGUUUUCACCGACCAUCGAACAGGACCCGCACGACACGUUGGAAAAUCACGUCGCUCGUUCCAUGGUGUUGAACUUUAUGGCGACCAACAAGAUCCUAGGGCGACAUUUAAGUUUUAGAAGGUCUGCCGAUAAUUUUAAGCUGCUAACCUCCGCCGCCAAAUUUCUGGGUAAACCAGACGAAUUGAAAGAGAUGUCUCGGAUUUUGUCCGACCUGGAAAAUGAAGACAAGAAACUCAAUCGCGCUUUCAUGGACGGGAUUCUGGAGGGUAUCCACAACAAUAUUCGCUGGGCUGAGAAGUAUUUGGAACAAGUCUAUUUGGUUAUCGAAUCUCGGAUAAUGACAGGUCGUACGACAAAUUCACUCGCCAAGACAAAUUGCAUUCCCUAAGCUUUUUUGCUGACUUGUCCUGAUUUCUCCAUCUUUUUUUAUUUUCAUAGUUUUUACCGUUUGUUGAAUAAAUAUGAA